AUGUCACGCUCAAACCAUGCUAUUGGAUGUGACUUCAGUCAUCUCAAGCCAAAUGAAGUAUUCGAAUACCCUGAUCAAGCUUCAAAAAUUAUUUGGGGUGUCAAUUCCAAAAAUAUUACACAAGUAACUUCACAAAUUAUAGAAUUAAUUACAACUUCUAAAAUUUCUAUCCAAAUAGCACUCAACUUGAUUGAUGUCUUUUCAUCAAUUCGUCAUAAAGAUAUUAAAUUAUUUACAGAACUUUAUUUCGAUAUAUCAAACAAAUUUUCAUUCACCCUCAAGCCGAAAAAUUCUAAUUUGACAGCAUUGUUAUAUUAUAAAGGACUUAAAUUGCAAGAAUUAGCACCUUUCAGGAAACAAGAAGAAUAUCUCACUUUAUUUCCAAAAACAUCCCCGUUAUAUUAUAUUGCAUAUGAUAAAGUUGAUGAACUUAAAACUAAAUUCCCAAAACUUAAAGUUAAUAAAGAAAUGGAUCAUGAUUUCACGCCACUUGAUUGUGCUAUUAAAUACGGAUCCGAAUUAUGUUUCAACUACUUGAAAAAUAUGGGAGCUAAAUACGAUAUUAGCUCUCCAAUAUUAGCUUGUCAAGGAGGAAAUAAAAACAUAUUUAUGCAAAUGAUCGAAGAUGGUCAAUCAUUUGAUGACUUGAUUGAUACAGCAGUUUCUUACCAUAAUUAUGAAAUUGCUGAGUACCUUCAAUCAAAUUGUGGACAAACUUUUAAUUCAAUAGCAAAAAGCAUGCACUUUGGAAAUUAUGAUGUUGCAUCUUGCUUAAUUUAUAAUGGGGCCAACAUCGACAAAAUUUUCAUUUCCUUUCUCUUCAUAUUUAUCAUUGUUUGA